UCCCCCCCCCCCCUCAGCGCGAGAGGUUGAAAAACAUCGAGCGGAUCUGCUGCCUCCUGCGCAAGUUGGUGGUCCCCGAGUACUGCAUCCAUGGGCUGUUCUGCCUCAUGUUCCUGUGCGCGGCCGAGUGGGUGACGCUGGGGCUGAAUCUGCCCCUCCUGCUCUACCACCUCUGGAGGUACUUCCACCGCCCGGCCGAUGGCUCCGAGGGCCUCUUUGACGCCGUCUCCAUCAUGGACGCCGACAUCCUGGGCUACUGCCAGAAGGAGGCCUGGUGCAAGCUGGCCUUCUACCUCCUCUCCUUCUUCUACUACCUGUACAGUAUGGUGUACACGCUGGUGAGCUUCUGAGCACAGCUCCGCAUACUGGGAUUCCCCCCCCGCUCCAUACUGGGAUCCGCCCCCUCCAUACUGGGAUCCCCCGCCUGGAUACUGGGAUCCCUCCUGGAUACUGGGAUCCCCUCCGCAUACUGGGAUUCUCCCCCCUCUCCAUACUGGGAUCCCCCCCUCCUCAUACUGGGAUCCCCCAGCUGCUGGGACUGGGGGGCUGGAACCCUCCCAGUUUGGCCCAGUGGCCUCCCAGUUUAUCCCAGUACGGCCCCUGCGUCGGCUGAGUCGUCCCCGUUGUGGCUCAAUAAAGAACUGG